CACAACAACAGCGGAGGCGUACGGACGAGCCGGCUGGGCGUAAAAACCUGACGAUCCGGCUGAGGACUGACGUGGGAUGGGCGCCUUCCGAGCCAACCGUGGUAAGAAACCUCUCGAGGCAGCUAGGGCGUGACAGCCCGGCGAGCUGGCUUACAUCCCCGGUUCCAUCGGUGGCGGGCCCCACGACGUCACCACCAACCGGAAAGCAAGCACUCCCCGAUGCUUCGUUUGGUGGCUUCAACAUUCUGUAAGGACCGACGCUGGAGAUGAGAAGCAGAUACGGGGAGUUGAACGUUUAAUUGGAACAGACAGGUAACAGGACAGGAACAGCGUCAGCGCACGGGUAUACAGUGACAUACGAAGUGAAUGCUGACGCGGGGAAAAGACAGACAGAGGGGAGGGAAUGACAGAGGUGAUUGAGUCCAGGAUGGCUGUUAUUGAUGCAGUGCUGGAUCGUCUGCUAGAUGGACUCCUGUCUCUGGGUCGUCUCCUGUCUCCUCUCUACUCCCUCUUUGUUCUCCUCCAGCUCUCUGCUCUGGUUGUCCUCCUCCUCCUGUCCCUUCGUGUUGUCUGUCUGCUGUGGAGCCAUGCUCAGUUUACCAGACGUCUCCAGUGCUUCAGUAAGCCCCCCACACAAAACUGGCUAAUGGGACACCUGGGAGAGAUGCGGAGCACGGAGGAGGGUCUGCAGGCGGUGGAUCAGAUGGUAAGAACCUACAGCCACUCCUGCUCCUGGUUCCUGGGCCCCUUCUACUCCCUGGUACGACUCUUCCACCCUGACUACAUCAAGCCUCUGCUGCUGGCACCAGCUUCCAUCACAGUCAAAGAUGAGCUGUUCUAUGGGUUCCUGAGACCAUGGCUGGGACAGAGUCUUCUCCUGAGUAACGGAGAGGACUGGUCUCGUCGUAGACGUCUACUCACUCCUGCAUUCCACUUCGACAUCCUCAAGAACUAUGUGAAGAUCUUCAACCACUCCUCUGACAUCAUGCAUUUUAAGUGGCGCCGCCUGGUGGCCGAGGGAGAGAGCCGCCAGGACAUGUUCAGUCACAUCAGCCUGAUGACUCUGGACAGUCUGCUCAGAUGUACCUUCAGCUACAACAGCAACUGCCAGGAGAGUUCCAGUGAGUACAUAGCAGCCAUUUUUGAGCUGAGCACCUUGGUGAUAGAGCGGAGAGGACGUAUCCUGCAUCACUGGGACUGGCUGUACUGGAUGUCCCCAGAGGGACAGCGCUUCAAACAGGCCUGCAAUGUAGUACACAGGUUCACCAGGACUGUUGUCCAGGAGCGCAGAGCACAGCUUCUCCACCAGGGGGAGCCAGAGAGCCACACUGACACCACAGGGGGGGAGGAGAAGAGGAAAAGAGUAGCAGACUUCAUUGAUUUGUUACUGCUGUCAAAGGAUGAGGAGGGCCAUGGUCUCACAGAUGAGGAGAUAAAAGCAGAGGCAGACACUUUCAUGUUUGGAGGUCAUGACACCACGGCCAGCGGGAUCAGCUGGGUUCUGUAUAACCUGUCUCAGCAUCAGGACUACCAGGACCGCUGUAGAGCCGAGGUCAACGACCUGCUACAAGACCGAGAGACAGAGGACUUAGACUGGGAGGACUUGAGCAGCCUCCCCUUCACCACCAUGUGUAUCAAAGAGUCUCUGAGACUGCACUCCCCCGUGUCUGCUGUCACCAGACAAUAUACUAAGGACAUCACGGUGCCAGGGGGACGGGUCAUACCACAGGGUAGCAUCUGUCUGGUGAGCAUCUAUGGGACCCAUCACAACCCUGAGAUCUGGCCUGACCCAGAUGUCUACAACCCCAUGCGCUUUGACCCUGAGAACUCAAAGGACCGUUCAUCCCAUGCCUUCAUACCCUUCUCUUCAGGACCUAGGAACUGUAUAGGUCAGAAGUUUGCCAUGGCGGAGCUGCGUGUGGUGGUGGCGCUGACCUUGAGGAGGUUCCGUUUGACCCCUGGGGGGGUGGAGGUGAGGAGGCUACCCCAGCUGGUGCUCAGGGCCGAGGGGGGGCUGUGGCUGACGCUGGAGACCCUGGACACCCCCCAGGACUAACCCCUGACCUCCAUGUCUCCUCUAUGGAUCAGACAUAGAGAAACUGUUUAUGAUUUUACUGUAUAAACAUACACUGAGUAUACGAAACGUUAAGAACACCUUAAAACUGUAAAAUACAUAGGCCUAAAGCCGACAAAUAAAACAGUGAAAUAUCCUGAUGAAAAUGCAGGUUCUCAUGAAUCUCUCUACUCAGCCUCCCUUUCUAUCUGUCUAGACUUGAGCUAUGACUCAACGUUAUCAGGGCAGAGAAACCACAUACAUGCUCAUUGCUCUCUCAGAUGGACCGGUACUUGUUGUUUCUCACACGUGUAUCAGGUUGUGAACUCUGAAAACAACGUUUCCACUCCGGGAAGGAGAACGGUAAAUGACUGUAAUACAUGCAUUAACAGAAAUGAAUGGAACCAAAUGACAGGAUGAACGGUACAUCUACUAUACCUACUGGUUACAUAUAUAAUGGAGAAUUGAACAAAACAAACAAUCGAAGAGCAAACAAUUCACAACAAUGAAAGUGCAAGAAUUGUCAGGAGACAGCAGGGAGAACAUUCUGGAGAGAGACCCCCAUAUUUUCGCCACACACCCCUCCCCUUCUUGUUGCAACGUUUUAAAUUAGUCUCCAGACACAUUAUUUAAACACAUUUUAGAUGUUUUUCACUGACAGCCACAACUCAAUAAUCAACCAGGCCUAAUGCCAUGCGCGCUGCUCAAAUUGCUGGUUUCCCAAAUAGGAAUAGCUAUUUAAUAUUUAAGAACACAUUUUUAUUUUCAAUGACAGCCUACCUAGGAACAUUGGGUUAAACUGCCUUGUUCAGGGGCCGAACAACAGAUUUUUACCUUGUCAGUUACGGGGAUUUGAUCUAGCAACUUUUCAGUUACUGGCCAAACACUCUAACCACUAGGCUACCUGCUGGUUACUGGCCCAACCCUCUAACCACUAGGCUACCUGCUGGUUACUGGCCCAAUGCUCUAACCACUAGGCUACCUGCUGGUUACUGGUUACUGGUCCAACGCUCUAACCACUAGGCUACCUGCUGGUUACUGGCCCAACGCUCUAACCACUAGGCUACCUGCUGGUUACUGGUCCAACGCUCUAACCACUAGGCUACCUGCUGGUUACUGGCCCAACGCUCUAACCACUAGGCUACCUGCCGCUUAUGAUGCUAAGUUAAGCUCUCUGGUAAAGUAUUUUGAAUUAUUUUAUUUAGACAGGAGUAAUUCUAUAAUGUUGGCAAAACAUAAAUUACUUUAGCGGAAGCCAGCAUCUGAACAGUGCACUGUGCACCAACUAACUUUCCUUUCUAAUUCGCAAGUGGCUGAAACCAGAGAAUAAAUAUAUAUAUAAUGACGAGAUGCUGAUGUCUCUGUCCUAACAAUGUGAGUUGUCCCAAAGGCGGGAAUGCAGGCUACAAGCUUAGGUCUACAUAUCAUACCCAUAGAAAUGCAUUGGGUUAAUUCAGGAUAUAUUUUGGCGAGAGUGAGCCCUCUCGCUUCGCCUAAUCCUCUAUGCUGAAACUAGCGAGAGAAACAGCGCCCCUCUGUUUCCUUAGGGGGAGACCAUGUAUCUGAUGCUAUCUGUCAGGAAAAAGUACUACAUGCCAUACUCCUUUUGUCCAGACAGCAUCACGUACCGAGACAGAUGGACGCUUUUUCGCUCGCUCGAAUGCUUUAUCUGAGAUUGAUGCGUCUUUUUGUCGGCGCGCGUCUUGGUCAAAUAAAUGGUCAAUAUUUCUAUAUUUUAUUUGGACGGGCAAGGAGGUAGGUAGGGCGGGCCAGCCCCCCCUAGGUCCUGCCCAUAAUGCCUACCCUGUUAGAGGUGCACCGGUUUGUGUCAAGAACUGCAACGCUGCUGGGGUUCUCAUGCUCAACAGUUUCCUGUGUGUAUCAAGAAUGGUCCACCACCCAAAGGACAUCCAGCCAAUUUGAGAACAACUGAGGGAAGCAUAGGGUGGUACUGUAGGUAGCCUAGUGCUUAAGAGCGUUGGGCCAGUAACUGAAAGGUCACUGGUUUGAAUCCCCUAGGAGACUAGGGGAACAAAUCUGUCGAGGCACUUAACUCAAGUCGCUCUGGAUAAGAGUGUCUGCAAAAGUGUAAAAUGGGCCAGCAUCCCUGUGGAACCCUUUCGACACUUUGUAGAGUCCAUGCCCUGACAAUUUGAUGCUGUUCUGAGGGCAAAAGGGUGCAACUCAAUAUCAGGAUGGUGUUCCUAAUGUUUUGUCCGCUCAGUGUACGUCAGCUGAAACAUGUAUUAGAACAUAAAUAAAUAUAGAAACAUUUCAAUGAACAGUGAAUGUAGGUCGGCCUACUGAAUGUAUUAGAACAUAAAUUAAGUACUUUUCAUCUGAAUUGUUCAUGUGAUUUUUUUAAGCUAUUUUCUUGCAGUGUGAGCGCAUUGUUAUUUUGAGAUUGAAUAAACAUAGCCUUGAUGAGUACUGUGCUAGCAUGUGAA